CACAAUCCAGUCAUACAGUGAUUUGCUCUUGUUCGUUGGUACCAGUUCUAUAACCAGAUUAACAGGAACAGUCUACUCCUUCCCAAUUCUAAAACAUAUUACUAUAGAAAAGACUAAGGGAGGAAUUUCAUCAGAGGGAUUUCAUCUUCCUGUAUUUUUUUCCACUACAGAAUUAACAUACCCACAUCCCACAACUUACAUUAAAAAAAAAUAUGAUGUGACACAAAUUAAUUUUAAAGAAAAAUAUUGAUGCAAAGAUUGCUCAGUGUCCCUCUCUCACACAGGAGGCUUUAUACUUUUCGCACUUGUUUUCCUGCAGCAGUAAGAGAAGAAUUUUUCAGCUGCCUCCAUUCAUGCUACUUUACUUCCUUUAUGCAACUCCCUUGCCUUCAAAAACACCCUAAGCAAUGAAGGCAAUAAAGAAAUUACCUUGGUUAAUUGCAUGCUUCAUUUUUCUUGGCUCGAAGCCAAGAAAAGCAUGCUGUUAUUCUGCCUUUUUAACUAUUCCCUUUUGCACUCAGAACAUGGAAUCCACCUCCUUCAACCCCUAUGGAAUUCAUUAAUAAGCACUUAACUGUUACAUAAAUAAAACAAGUAUGUAAUGCAGAUAAAUUUUAAAAUGAUGAAGAGACAUCAAUGUGAUUGUGUUGUUUAAAUAAAUUCUUGUCUGUCCGUCCAUCAUCAUUAUCAUCAUCCGAACAUUAGAAUGCCAACAGAAAAAUGAAACAUCUCUAGUUAAAAUAAGAUUUAACUGUAAUAUACAGAGUAGUAGAAAAUUACUUUAUUAAUUUAGAAUAAAUGUGCUUAGCAGUUUUCCAUUUUAUUUUACUUUCAACUGAGCUGUUUUGCAAAACACUAUAAGAAAUAUUAUGGAAUGCUUGAAUAUCUAUAAACCUUCAGAAAAUUUAAGGAAAUAAAGUUUUGGAAAGUUGUAAGCUUGAAGUUUCUUUUACUUAUUCAUGAGGCUGCUGAAGAAUGGAUCCAGGUGGGUUGAUACAGCACUAUGAAUUAAACAUUGCACAUAUGGCUGGUGAAUGUGAAACUUUAGAAAUGAAUGACAAUAUCUUUUAAAAUUCAGGAACUAUGCAGGAGAUUACAUGACAGAUAUAACAUUGGAAUAACACACACAAAAACUAAAUAUAAAUAUAGUUUGUUUUUAGCUAUAAAUAUAGACUGUUUUUAAAUGCUAUUUUAUAAAUAUAAAUAAACAAAUAAAUAAAAAUAAGCAAUGUUGUGCAAAAAAAACCAACAACCAGUCUCUAGUAGUGCUGCCUUUUCAUGAAUGGACUUUCUUGAGAAAGAAAAAUAUUGCCACCAGGACCUUCUCUGACUAGAGCAGGGAUAGUCAACCUUUUUAUACCUAUUGCCCACUUUUGUAUUUCUGUUAGUAGUAAAAUUUUCUAACUGCCCACCGGUUCGGGGGGAGAUGUGCAAGCUAUUCUGGGACGAGGCUCUUUUGUCUACUGUCACACUAUAGUGCCAUUUAGUUUCACUUACGUAAUGUGAACUAAACUUAUGCGUGGGCAAUACAAAUAGUAUAUUUUCAGAAAUUUAAAUUGUCACGGGGAAUUUUUUUAAAACCUAAUGAAAAUGUUUUUAAAUAAUGCUAUGAAAUUUUUUUUAAAAGUCAAUUAAAUUUAAAAAAGGAAAGUGCUUCAGUAUCGGACAAAACCCCUACCACCCACCAUGAAAGCUGGAACGCCCACUAGUGAGCGGUAGGGACCAGAUUGGCUACCACUGGACUAGAGCUUAGCAGUUGUCCAAAGCUUGAUUGGGACACCCCAAGGGCAGAUCCAUACUUUCUGCUUCACCAAUGCCAGUGUGGGCCUCUCCCCGCUUCCAGAAUGUAGAAACAGAUGAUGUCUUCCUUCUACUAAAAUCAGGAAAAAAAAUAAAGAUAUAAUAAUAACAACAACAACAACAACAACAGAGUUGGAAGGGACCUUGGAGGCCUUCUAGUCCAACCCCCUGCCCAGGCAGGAAACACUACACCAUCUCAGACAGAUGGUUAUCCAACAUUUUCUUAAACAUUUCCAGGGUUGGAGCAUUCACAACUUCUGCAGGCAAGUCGUUCUACUUAUUAAUUGUUCUAACUCAGGAAAUUUCUCCUUAGUUCUAAGUUGCUUCUUUCCUUGAUCAGUUUCCACCCAUUGCUUCUUGUUCUACCCUCAAGUGCUUUGGAGAAUAUUUCGAAUAUUUGGAGAUAUUUCUUUCAUGUCAGUAGUGGAAUAUGAUUUGCCACGAUUUGUUGGUGGAUUGAACAAAUCAAAGAAAUCCUUUCCAGAAAAUAGGUUAGCCAUAAAAAGAGCUUCUGUAACAUUUAGUUACUAACUUUUAGUUAAAUAUUACAUUUGGCUGCUUUAUCGCAUGGACUUUGAAAUCUAAAAUAUAGCAACUUGGAUAUCUCUAAGCAUUGUUAUAAACAUAUAUCUUUGUCCUUUGUAAUGAAAACAAUUAAGUGUUCUUUGAUCAGAGAUCAAAGCAGUUGUCACUCCUUCCUCCAUUUUCCCUACAUAGAUUUUACUAAAUACAAGUUAAUGUGCCAACUACAAGUCUACCUUGAUGCUGACUAAUUUAAUUUCCUUGUCUUUUACAAAGACCAUUUUAAAAAUCCACCUGGAGUUUCAUAGACUGCACGUAGGCUUGGCAACAUGAAUGAAUCAUUUCACAAUGGUGUAAAAGAACUGUCAUCCGCAACAUAAAGGUGUGUGAAACAGAGACAUUGGGAGAGAGUUAGAGUCAGGAAGCAAGAUUUUCUGCAGGUACAACUUGUCUGCAGGUACAACCUUAAUCAUCAUUCUCUGUCUUACUUCAUAUAUCAGAAAAACUAUGGUUAAUUUGUGUUUUUAUAAUUUGUAUUUUAAUUAUAUAAUCAAAGCAUUUAAAGUCUUUGAACUUAAAAUAAUUUGAAGAGUUAAAAUAAUGUGAAUGCUUGGUUUUUUCAUUAUAGUUUGCAGCCCAUUAUUGUGUUUGCUGAAUUAGUUACCCUUUCUAAAGCUCAGACUUGACCUCCUUCAAAGAAUUAUUUUACUGAAUCUAUAACUUUGAGUAAAGCGAUGUUGCCAGUAUGGAAUAAUUUGAUUUAUUUCACUUUUCACUUUAACAGCUUGUCUUGAUUCUUCAGGUUUGAAGAAAUACAUUCAAUAAUGUUUCCUAUAUAUUUGCUUGCAAUGAGUUUCCUGAUGGCAUAAAUAUUCAAUGCCUUUGAAGGCAGGAAGUACAGUAAAGAAGAUUGCUUACUUUCUUGCAUUGAUUGAUUUUUUAAAGUAAAAUAAUUAGUUUAAUGGAGUGUAAGGGCUAUUUUUGCUUUCAAUUUGGCUCCCUUGACUACACAUAGACACAUGUAAUGACAGGUAUAAGUUGUUUAUGCAGUUUCAUGAAAAAAUAAGCUAUGAGAGCAAUGUGUUGAAAUUUUAAAGUUUGUCUCUCCUUUGUAUGGAUUUGACCUUGUUGAUGGGGUAGGGAAUAAGAUGGGGUAGGGAAUAAGAUGGAGGAGUUUUUGAAAAAUGUCCUGAAAUGAUACAUUCUCUCUGCCAUAACAUGGCUUCGGGAGCUCCUUUAUAGCAGCUCCAUUCUGAGUCAUGUGACUAAGAGAAGAACAACUGGUGGCAUUGUUCAACUGCUUUUCUCAUAUGGAAAUUUGUUCUAAAUUUUUUUUCUCCACUGCCUCCCAGUGUGAUUAGUCCAUUUUUUUAUUUUGAAUUUCCAUUUUGUUGACUUCUCCCAUCACACUAAGCUUGACCUUAUUUCAUAUCCUAUUGACCAGUGGUGGGUUGUUCCUGGUUCUGUCCGGUUCUAUAGAACCAGUAGUAAAACCGGCAGGAGGGUCCACCCACCCACCCCGAUGUCAUCAAGGGGCUUCUGUGCAUGCGCAUGUACGCUCCCGUUGCGAACCAGUAGUAAAGGUAAGUAGAACCCACCCUGUACUGACCAAUAAACAGAUAGAGUUCCAAUACCACUUACCUAGUUUCUUUCCAGCAUUUAUUUGGAUUGGAGAACAUAAAAAUAAUUGCCAGCUGGAAAACAAAAAAUUGCCAAGUCUUUCUCUCCAAAUUAUGCUUCAAAUUUUUGCAGUGAACAGCAGAAUGAAAUAAAACAUAUAAUAAAAAUGAUGACAUUAAUGUUAUUUGGAAAAUUGCUUUCUCCUACAAUAAAACUUCAUGCCUCAUCUGAUACUUUAUGACAAAAGAACUAGCAAAUGCAUUUUUACUGUGAAUCUAUUCAAAUCCACAACUGCCUUUUCUAUGGGUUGCUCCAUGAAUGGUGGAUUUGAGUUCUGCUUCACAUAGGACAGUACUCUUGACAGCAUUGUCUCCUUAAAAGGAUGGAAGUCCUUAUCUAAUUAUCUUAAAUAACUUAAUCUAAUUAAGUUGUGAACUUAAAUUAGAAAACGUUUGGCAGUGUUUCUAUUUUAUUUAAAGGGAAAAUGCAUAAACAGGGCCAUAUGUUCAAGUAGGUGGCAACUUUAAAACAUGAAAAACUGGAAUAACCAUGAGGCAAGGAGGAAUCUAAAGGGAAGUACAGCAAUGUAAAGCAAGCUUUAAAUUCAUUAAAACAAAAAGACAAAUAAUCAACAAUUGGAAAUGUCAGGAAGACAUCUACAGAAAUUCUUGCCUCAAGCUGGAUAUUGAAACUUGAAAACCUAAGAAAUUUAUUGAUGAGAAACAAGGGUAAUUAUUUAAAGGGAAAACCCGACAGCGUUUUCGUUUGAGGGAAGCAGAGAACACGGUUACCAUUUUGCAACAACCUAACGAACUGGAACACAUAGCAUGGUAAAUAUAUUUUUUAAAAAAUAUUUCGCAUACUUGUAUCCUGCAUAUGAUUUGAAGCUAAACCAACAUACACAGCACCCACUUCUAUUUUCUCUGCAAGAACAACUGUGAGGAUACUUGGGCUGAGAGAAUGACUGGCUCCCUCGUGAAGUUCUCUUGCUCAUGCUGGUUUUUAAAUUAGAUUUCCCUGGAUCUAGUCCCACAUUUUAACCUCCAUGCUAUGCAUUCAUUCUAAUACUUCUGAGUAUUUUUUCUUCUUCUUGUGCCUAAAUGCUGGAAUAUAAUCCCAUUGAGCUAAGUACAAGAGGCUCUGUUGGGUCUUUACCUCCAUCAAAUAUUUUUGUUGUUGGCUUGCUAUUUAUUUUGUCGUUGGAUUACAUUUGCCGUUACAAUUACAAUUGUAAAAUUGUAAAAUAAUUACAAUUAUUUCUGUGGAAUUAAAUUUGCACAAUGUUCAGUCCAAUUUGAUUCACAAAGUUGUGGCCAUUGCAAUGUCCCCUCUGUCACAUGACCAUGAUUUCUGAGCCAGCAAAAUCAAUGGAAAAGUAGCAGGAAGUUGGAAAUCACUCCCGCAAUCACAGAUUUUUUUGCCCACCUCUGGUCAUUCUGUUUAUCUGUUUAGAUAAAUAAUGUUGACUUAUCAUUAAACUUUGUUUUCCACUACAGUACUUUUUUAUUUAUAAUAUAAACUUUUCUUAGAUGAUCAUGGAACCAUCAAGCACUAUGGUAAGAAAAAUGUAGUCAGCGAAAACUGGGGAAGAAAAAAUAUUAGAUAUGUUGAUUGCCUUGAGUUAUUUGUAAAAAAUAAUAAUAAAGAAGGAUACAAAUAAAUAAAAAUUUAAAAAUAAUGAUCAUUUUUGUCCUAUAAUCUUUUUCUCAAAAGAUGACCCAACGGGUCACAGAGUUAUCUAGUCUAAGCUAUUUAUUUGUAUUCCAUCUUUAUUAUUUUUAUAAAUAACUCAAGGCAGUGAACAUAUCCAACACACCUUCCUUCUCCUAUUUUCCCCACAACAACCCUGUGAAGUGAGUUGAACUGAGAGAAUGACUGGCCCAAAGUCAUGCAGCAGAUUAAAUAACUUCUUAUGCCUAAAUACAACUUAAGUUUUACUAUAACAUAAUAUUUUCUUUUCUUUUAAGUUAUGUUUAUUUUGUAAACAAUAAGCUCAGAAGAAAUGUUUUCAAGUGUGAAUUAACAAAUAGAAGUUCCCUAAACUUUUGGGAAUCUGUAAUUUUGUAAACAAUCCUUAUUAUCUUGCCCUGAAUUGGAGACAGCAAUUUUGAUUAGGGAAAUAAAGAGACAUUAAUAAAAAAAGUAUAAUUGUUCAUUAGUUGUGAUGUUAUCUUGGACAUCCCACUGAAAUGUUUUUUUUUUCCUUUUUGAGCCUUGAUAGUCUAACAAGCAGAUCAAAUAAAUGCUAAAAUGGGUUCUAUGCCUGUUUCCAUGACUUUUAUUAUACUGUGUUUCCCCGAAAAUAUGACUGGGUCUUAUUUUCUUUUGACCCCCGAAAAAACAGCUAGGGCUUCUUUUCGGGUGGGUCUAAUUAUUGAUUCACCUCAUAGUGGUGGCACUGACAGCCUCACCCAGCAGGAGCCCACUGCUGGCCCACUUUUUCUGUGGGCGCUUGUUGCUACUUGCAUGCAUCGUCCCUGGCCUUCAUUUUGCCAUCAGAGCCUUCCGGAAAGUUCUCUGCAGCUGAGAAAUGGGCUCCAGAUUGACAUGCGCAGCACCACCUAGCUUCCAUUUCACCUUCAGAUGCCUUCCGGAAAGUCUUCUGUCGCCAAUAAAAGAGCUCCUGAACCCUGGGGUGGGCGGAGCCUUAAUUAGGGCUAAUUUUGGGGCUAGGGCUUAAUUUUAGCGCAUGCAUUUAAAAACAUGAUAGGGCUUCUUUUUGGGGUGGCUCAUAUUUUCGGGGAAACAUGGUAGUUCCUCUACAAUUUCAAUUCUUCAUCUUCUAAGACAGCAGUGUCAAACUCACGUUGUCACAGCGGCAUCACAUGAAAUAUCGGGAUUUUUUUUCCCCCUUCGCUAAACCAGGCAUGGGUGUGGCCAGCACAUGAUGCAUCUGGCCUAUGGGCUGGGAGUUUGACAGCCCUGCUCUAAGAAAAACAUCUCACUGUACAUAUUAGCAAAAUAGGCUUUUUAAAAAAAAAAUCAAAACAACUUCUAUUUUUAUGCACUUUAAUAUUUUAGUUGAAAGAGCCAUGGACUGUUGGCAGAAAGUACAUCAGAGUGGGUGGAUUUUUCCAACUCUGAUCCUUUGUAUUUAUGGCUUCUUUACCAUGAUGAGGCCAUCUGAACCUUUCCUCACACCUUACCUUACUGGACCUGAAAAAAAUCUGACUAUUGAUGAGGUGAUGCAGCAUAUUUUUCCAGUUUGGACAUACUCCUACCUGGCCCUGCUCUUCCCUGUAUUUCUGAUUACAGACUAUGCACGCUAUAAACCUAUAAUUAUUCUACAGGGGAUUAGCUUAAUUGUUACUUGGGUGUUACUUUUGUUUGCAUCUGGCAUAGCAGCCAUGCAGCUGGCAGAGUUUAUGUAUGGACUUGCAACAGCCACAGAGGUUGCCUAUUAUGCUUAUAUAUAUAGCGUUGUCAGUGCUGAUUAUUAUCAGAAAGUGACAGGUUAUUGCAGAAGUAUCACCUUGGUGGCAUCCACCAUGGGAUCUCUGCUUGGACAGCUUUUAGUUUCUUCAGGCCAGGUACCUUAUUUUUAUCUUAAUGUCAUAACUUUAGCAUCUGUAUCUAUGGCAUUUAUAUCUUCAUUUUUUCUGCCCAUGCCACAAAAAAGCAUGUUCUUCCACAGAAAGUCUUCCCCAGAACCUUUCACUGGAUCAGUAGAGACAGUUACAGCACAAAUUUCCAACCAACAAACCAGUCAACAGGACAAAGAGAUGACAAAAUCAGUGGCCAGGCCCCAGGAUUUACCUGAACAUGAGCCAUCUAAAAUUAAAAUCCAGAGUCACUUUCUGUCAAUCCUAAAGCAGUUGUGCAUGGAUCUGAAAGAAUGUUAUACAACUAAAAAACUUCUUUACUGGUCAAUGUGGUGGGCUUUAGCUACUGCAGGAUUUAACCAAAUUUUGAAUUAUGUGCAAGUACUGUGGGAUGAUAAAGCACCUUCUCAUAGUUCUGAAGUUUAUAACGGAGCUGUUGAAGCCAUAGCUACAUUUCUGAGUUCAGUAGCAUCACUAGCUGUGGGAUAUGUGAAACUGAACUGGGAUCUAACAGGAGAACUGGCACUGGGAAUCUUCUCUGCCCUGGAUGCUAUUUCACUUAUUGUGAUGCAUUUUAUCCAGAACAUCUGGAUCUGCUAUGCUAGCUAUUUAGUAUUCAAAGCAUGUUAUAUGCUCCUUAUAACCAUAGCCACAUUCCAGAUUGCUAUCAACCUCAGUAUGGAGCGCUAUGCCUUGAUGUUUGGAUUCAACAAUUUUGUUGCACUGCUAAUUCAAACUAUACUGACUGUUAUUGUAGUUGAUUCAAAAGGUCUGGGCCUAGAUAUUGGGACUCAGGUAAGUUGGAUGGGUAAUAUGGGCACUGUUGCUGAAUCAGUAUUUCUGAAGACUAUCACAUCUUUUCAGAAAUCACCUUCUGAAAUGAAUGGACUUGGGACUUUCAAACUAAAUAGGGACAAAGCCUUAUACCAGGGACUGUACUUGUGUUUUGGAAGGUUAUUACUACAAAAGCUAAGCCUAUCAGUCAACACAUUUGUUUUUAAUUUCUUACUAAAAACAAGUGCAUUAUUACUUAGUUGUAAAUCCUCACAAAAAUUGAGUAAUCAUAACAAAAACUAAAUUAGGAAAUACUAGAAAGAAGAAUGAAAUUAAUAAUUCUGAUGGAGCUACAGGCCGUACCUGGGUUAAAAAUGAGAUCCAUUCCUAAGGUUGUUUUUAAGUCAAAUUUAUAUGUAAGUCAGAACUUAUACUUACGAACAGACUGCCUCUUAAACCACUGAAAAUUGGGUGUAUAUUAAAAAUGCACAGCUUCAGGGGUUCAUGAAAACAGUGACCAGUGGUUCUUCAGCUUGAAAAAAGAGAAUGCAGUCCACCAUUUUCAGACCUUCAUUUUAAAUGGUCAAAACCAUUUAAAAAAUGGUAUGAAAAGAGUAUAGCAUAGUCCAAAGGCUACCAAAAUGUCUUAUAUACAAGUUUGUGUUUGGAUAAAGAACUAAUUUAUUAUGAGAGCAUUAACUGUGGUUCCAGGGCUAUUUCUGUAUAUCAAAAAUAUGUUAAGAAUAAUUAAAUUCACCUUUCUGUGAGACUUUGAUUUAUUAACAACAAACAUGCCUUUUGUUACAGUGCCUUCUUCAAAUUAUAAGCAAUUAAAAUAGAAAUUGUUACUUAUGAAAUAGUGACCAAAGUCCAUCUGAAGGUCUAGGAUUCCAUAUUUCUUCUCAUCCCAGAGUUCAUCAAAUCAUCUUUUUGUGAUAUUUAAGCAGCUUAUAUUUACAGGCAGUCCUUGAUUUUAAAGUCCACUCGUUCAGCAACUGUUUGUAGUUAAUUGUGACACUGAACGAAGGGAACUUGAGAGGUCCCUGUUGUGUUGAUUGUAACAUCCCUGUGGUCUUGUAAUGCAAUAUGGGUGCUUGGCAACUGCUUGAUUCACAUUUAUGAUGUCACAGCAUCCCACAAUCAUAUGAUGUAAUUUGAAAACCACUGAGGCUUCUGACAAGCAAAAUCAAUGAGGAACGUGGCAAGAGGUCGCAAAUGUCAUUCAUGUAUUGUGCAUUAUGGCUGCAUCAGUUAGCAACAUAUUCCUGUCCCAAAGGUGCUUUUUCAAGAGGCAACUGGACUUUCUAGUUUUUCUUUGAAGACGUUUCACUUCUUAUCCAAGAAGCUUCUUGGAUGAGAAGCAAAACGUCUUCAAAGAAAAAACAAGGAAGUCCAUUUGCCUCUCAAAAAAGCACCUUUGGGACAACCAUGACCUGGAUGACUGAGAAUCUCCAUAGACUUAACAGAGUUCCUGGUUCCAAUUAUAGGCAGUCCCAAGUUAAGAACACCCCACUUACAAACAACUCAUAUUUAUGAAUGGACUGUCUAUUACUAAACUCUCAUUUCAUGCCAGUGCGUAUCACUUGAUGUUCAUUUUAUAAAUAUUUAAGGAAACCUUUGGGAUUGUACUCAAGAGAUUAUACCAGUUUAGCUAUGUACAUCAAUGUACAUUCAGGAAUCUCACAUGGUUUGCAAAGACGGUUGCUUAAGGUUAUUGCUAUAGCUAAGGUUCCUAGGCUUCAUUUAUUGACAUUUAAAAAACACUAGACAUAAUACUAAU